AGUGAAAGGGUUAUUACGACUGCGAGUUACCCAGAAUGCAUUGUACAUUGCAACGUAGACAGACGCGGACCGACAGUAUGGCGGCCGUCUGAGGAAUAAGAUAUCGAUAGAGAUUUUUAAAUAUUUUUAACACCGCUUGGGACAGCUUAUAGCAGAAAAAAAGGAACUAUUUCGCGUUUUUAUAACGAGCGUUUACUGGGUGUAAGGUAAAAUGGCGAGUCCAAGGACAAGGCGAGUUCUCAAGGAGGUCCGGACGCAAGAUGAGAACAGUCUGUGUUUCGAGUGUGGCGGGUUUAAUCCCCAGUGGGUGAGCGUUACAUACGGAAUCUGGAUUUGUCUGGAGUGCUCGGGGAAGCACAGGGGCCUGGGCGUGCAUCUCAGCUUUGUGCGUUCGGUUACGAUGGACAAGUGGAAGGAUCUAGAGCUGGAGAAGAUGAGAGCCGGGGGCAACGGCAAGUUCCGAAUGUUCUUGGAGUCUCGGGAUGACUACGACCCAUGCUGGACAAUGCAGGAGAAGUACAACAGCAAACCAGCAGCUCUGUUCAGGGACAUGGUUGCUACUUUAGCUGAGGGGAAAGAGUGGUCUGCAGAGACCUCCUCGGCUAACACCUGGGUGCCACUUCAAGCCAAGCCAGCCCUGCCGUCAGCUCACCGCAGUUCCGCAGGUCCACCCCAGAACUCUGCUUCCUCCUCGGAUAAAGCCUUCGAAGACUGGCUGAGCGACGACGUCAACUCCUACCAGAGUGGCGGGGGAUACAGCGGUGGCGAGGAGAAUCGCUAUGUUGGUUUUGGAAACACUGUCACUCCACAGAAGAAGGAAGAUGACUUUUUCAAUAAUGCUAUGUCAUCUAUAUACUCGGGUUGGAGCAGUUUUGCUGUCGGUGCAAGCAAAUUUGCAACAGCUGCUAAAGAAAAUACAACAAAACUUGCAAGUCAGGCGACUCAAAAGUUUGGGGGCUAUAGGCCACCUCUGGAGACGGCAACAGAGUUAGGUCAGACUAUUAAUGAAAAUGUUAUCAAACCUACACAUGAAAAGGUAAAAGAGGGCAAGAUAUUAGAUGAUGUUACGAGUGGUGUCAGCCAGCUGGCUAACAAGGUCCAGGGUGUUGGCACUAAAGGCUGGAAGGAUAUGACCACUUUCUUCUCAGGCAAACCAGAGGACUCCUCUGAUGGGCAUGGUAUGGGAGACAACUACCAGAACGUGGGCUCCGGUGAUGCUUACCAGAACAGCAACGUGGCCGCUGACUCGGAUUUCUGGGACAGCUUCGCCUCCAAGAACAAGAAGAGUCCGAGCAGUGACAGCUGGACCUGCGCAGACGUCAACUCUGCAGCUGAGAAGAAGAGCUCCGACAGCUGGGACAACGGGGGCUCGGAGACAGUGUCUAACAACAAGCACAGCACCGGAGACAGCUGGGAGGUCUGGGAUAACAAUUGGGAGAGUGCCGGGAACAGCAAGAGCAAGAAAUCCCCCAAGAAGAGCAGCAAACCCGCUGCAGACGACGGCUGGGACAACCCCACCUGGUAGCUUACUCUCCCCAUCUCAUCAUCUAGAUAUUACAUGGUGUUAUCAAAGAGGACAGUUCAUAACCUCACUUCUCAUCUUCUGUACUGUGUGCUGGCAAGUGCAUUUAUUGUGGGGAGGAUUAUUUUUUUUUUAAUUCCUUAGCUUUAAUAAUGAGUAGUGGGUGAUCAUUUUUCUUCCAUGCCCCCUCCCUUAAUUAUUUUUUUUUUUUUAAAAGAUCUUUAUACAUUUCCAUUCUGCUUAUCAAGUUCAGUGACUUUUGUAUGUUUUAUUUUAUUCUAUAGUAGGAUACAAAAUCAAGAAGUGUCUAUGCAUUCUUAGGUAAAACUAAGCCAGUAGACAAACUAAUUCCUUCACUGAUGAAAGCAUUGGCUGAAAUGUUGCUUUCUGUAUUAUUACCUAAGAAUUUACAAUGGUGUGUUUGAAGGUAUGGAUAAACUAUAUGCAUUCUUGCAGGACCUCUGGUCAGACAUGAAUAAUACUUAAGUGAUAAUGACAGCAUUAAAAUCUUUGGCUGUAUUCACUAAGCAAUUAUCCCACUUUUUUUUUUUUUUUAAAUGGAAGCAGCAGACUGAUAUUGCAAAUAAACAACUCAGUAGGUUCUUAAUGCACCCUAGUAUUUAUUGGCUAGUUCUGUAACAUAAGCCAAAUUGUGAAUAUGCACACUUGUGAGUAUUUUAUUUCCAUCACAACCGUCUGCAAUGCAAACUUGUAGCCGGCUUUUUUUUUAUUUUUUUACUUUGUUUAGAGGAACCUAUUCCAUUCUUUUGUUCAUACAGUGUUUCCCCUUCUUAACACUAUAGAGCCAUAGCUAUGAGACCAUGCUAUUUGUGUUCUUCCUUAUAAAGAGAAUGAAAGGGCAAGUGGAACGGAAUUAUGGGGCAAAUGGGAGCCACGGCCUUGCUGCUUGAUAAAGAGGGAGCACAGUAUUUUAAAUCUAAUUUUCCUACCCUUGGUUAACUGCAGUUAAUUGAUCAUUUCUGAAGUUACAAAGCGAAGCAGCCCUCUCCUCCGUGUGUGUCUCAUGUUUUGGAGUCCCCUGAUUGUUUCCAGUUUCACUGCUACGCGCUGUGCAGCUCCCUGUGCACUAGGGAAUCUAAUACCUGGGGACCAGCAUGAGAGGAUGGCACACUUUAGUAUUGUGUCUUCAGAGAGGGUUCAAAGUGAAGAUGUUGAACCCAUUUCAGAGGAACAGGUUUUGAAGCUUGUCCAGUGUAGGGAAAGUUGAUUUUAAAACCUCAGUUUAACCUGUGAAGUUUUUCAAUAUGCACAGUGCUGACCAGGGCCUUUCUGUAAUUCAAACAUGUGAAAAAACGCUUUUAAAAGGCUGUUUUUAAGUGAAUAUGGUAGGCUAAAGAAAAUGAGAUAUUUUUAAAACUGAAAUCAAAGCUUUGGUUUAGCAAUGGGUAAAAAAGGAGUUAUCGUCUGUAUGCCGAAAAGCUGUUGUGUAUUAUUGUUUAAUUUAGUUUUUCCGGAGUCGUUGUAGUCCUAUAAUCAAUUUUCAGUACAUGGGAUUCCUUUUUUAUUCAUUUCAUAAUCAAGUAAAUCAUGAACAGUGAAGUGCAUUCAUAACAUGUCUCAGGUUUUUAUGUUCAACAGCAGUGAAUGCAUAUGCUUUAGUUUCAUCUCAGUGUAGUUAAAAUUUUACUUCGGAGAUUAUUGACUGUGUGUUACAGGACAACUAGAUUUAAUUUAAUUAUGUGUAAAUCAAUACUUGAUUCACUGGUGUCUGUUUGUGUGCAUAUGUGUAGUACUUGAUAUUUCUGAAAGGUGUAUUAGUUUUAAAAUAGAAAUACUGACCUCACAAUUUGUGGCUUAUUAUUAUUAUUAUUAUUAUUAUUAUUAUUAUUAUUAUUAUUAUUAUAAUUAUUAAUAAUAAUAUUAAUAAUAAUAUGGGGUUUCCCAAGUUAAUAAAUAUCCACAUUGCAUUGAAAUUGAUAAAUACUUCAAUGCCAUCGGCGUUCAUUUUGAAUUGCACAAGAAUUAAUGUAAAAAACAUCAAUCUAUAUGUGUUUAUUGUCCUUGGAAUAUUACUAAAUGACAAAGCACUCAGAAUAUAAGCUAACGAUCGCAGGGCUCAACUCCGCUGCCCCUUGCCGUUGGCACACACUCAGCUGUAGCAAUCCCCUACCACAAGCCCACAUCUCCUCUGGGGUUAAAUGUUGUCUCCGAUGUGCCAAGCUCAAAGAUUUUUUACAUGCGUGCUCAUUGCUCUGUUUAAAAGCCGCAAAUUACAGACUCGGAGGGAAAAAAAAAAGUGAUCCCUAGCAAGAGUAGAUUAUGAGUUAAGCUCUUGUAUUUGAUGUAAAUCGGUUGUGUGUUCAUCAGAAGGAGCAGUAUAUGUCAAUGGAUUACAAGUGAAUCAUUUAUUAAAGGCUCGGUAACCAGUCUCAAACUAGAAGCUGGUAGCGAUAUCCCUACUCUACUGUACAAGCAGAACAAAGAACAAAAGACACUGAUUAUACAAAAAAGCAUUUUGAAUAUUGUCUUUGAUAUUCAAAAACAAUAAAACCCUCCACACUGGAGAGAUUCUGCAAAACCCCAGAAUCAGGAUUUGCUUAGACCAGGAUUUCAUAUUUCAAAGACUUCCGAAAAGCAUGUCCCAAAAUGGGAAUGUUGCAGUACAUGAAUCCUGUGUAGUUAUAAUAAAGAUUAUUAUGUUUUAUAGAUGCAUGUGUUCUUUAAAGACAGAUGGCCUUUCUAUACAGCUGGCCUUACUACAGGUUUUAAUACAGCCCCCCCGUGGACUUUAAAUUAUAUUAUAGGGUGCUUUUAUUGUGAAAAUCCUCUUGGCAAAAGUUGUAUGCUAUGUGGUGUUUGUAUGCUGCAUUUUCCUAUAUUUUCAAAGUAGAUCAGUUAAUUAAAAGUCUAUUUGUUUUACUGUUUUAAGCCUGCCUCUUUUCCCUGUCAUUGUUUACAAUGCUUUUGUGUGUCUGUGCAGCACUUUACCAGGUCAUGAACCGCUUGACUCUGUGCUGCAUUUAACCAUGUGGUCCAAAUAGCAGAUUUACGAUCAGUACACUUUUUAAUGUGUUUUAAAAAGUGAUUACGUUAUUGUUUUUACAUUGUAUGCUACUUUUCCAAUAAAUUCUUAGUUCAUGUUUUAUUUUUAACUUGCGCUCGGAAAUAGUUUCUUUCAUGUUCAUUGCUGGGACAAACAUUUUUUCCCAAUUGAAUACAGCGCUACCUCUGUGUCGCUAUUUGAGUUCAAAUCCAACAGCAAUGAAUUGCUGAAAACAGUGAAAGACCCUUGCAUGUAUAUAAUCAAGCACUUUUAAUUCCAACAUAACCUAACAAUGAGUUAAUCAAAUCCGUGAAUUAUCAAACAAUUAUUCAUGCAUUUUGAAUUGACUGAAAAAAAGAAAAUAUAUUUGCACCAUAUUAAAGAAUCCUCCUAAUGAACACUGAUUCUGAUCAAACAAAGAGCAGCACACAGUAGAACGGGGCUUUUAUGAACUGGUUUGCACAGUACCUUUUUGAAGCAUUUAUUUUCAAUUUUCUUUUACAAUAACAUAAAUGCAAAAUGGUUUAAAUACAUGCCAAACAGUAUUGAAUAUUCAAAUGUUUGUCCCAGCACUAAAAAAAACAAACAAACAAAAAAUGCUUUUGUUAGAUUUCCAAAAAGCUAUUCUUGUAAAAUGUUGUGAUCUUGUUUGAAAUUGAGUUUCCCUGCCUUUCAUUCCUCCCGGCUUGACCAUCAUUCAUUCCAUAGUUGUCAGGGAAACUCAUUCUCAGUAUUUCUGUGCAAUAUUCGUCAGCAUGAGUGAAUGGAGCUGUGCCCCCCUCAUCUCUACCAUACAGGGCAGCAGCCAACCAACAAACCCGUGCCGUCAGUCUUACCAAUUCUGUAAUGAGUAUGCUACACGUGUACCAGAGAAUGGUGUUAGAUCUUUUGCUGUGUAAUCUUGUUUGAAAAAAAAAAAAUCUGAAUAAAACAGAAGCAAAAGUGUG